ACAGUGCGAGAACUGUAGUUCGCAACAACCAGGUCUCCUAUGGUUCGCCAUACCGUAGUACUCCUACCACUUCCUUUGAUCCGUUGGGUGCCAAAAGAAGACCAAACGCCGACAAGCCCCCAACCAAACCCCUCCGCCGGCCGACGAAUCCAUGGCUCCGGAACGCCGCUCCCCGCUCCACGCCUCCUCUUCUUCCUCCGACGACGAACAAGUGGUGGAGCAGCACCCCACCAAGAUCAAGAACCCUCCACCCCCGGCCCCAGCGCACCAAGAAAGCGACACCUCCGACGAGGAGGUCGAAUCGUCAGACGAGGUGCCCCCUUCGCAAGGAAAGGAGGGCUCCGACGGCGACGAUGAGGAGGAGGAAGACUCCGAGUCCGAGUCCGACGAGGCAUUGCCGGAGUCAGUGCGCCAUCCAAAAGUGAAUGUCCCACCGGCCAAAGUCGCCAAGUUGCCCCUGACGAAGCGGAAGGCGGCGGCGGCGGCUGAGCUCGCCGAGUCGUCGCCGUCGAAGAAGAAGGCGCCGCAGCCCAAGGUCGUCGAAUCGUCUCAGCCAAACAAGGCUACGGCGGUGGCCGAGCUCGCCAAGUCUCCCGAGCUGAAAGAGAAGGUCGCGGCGCCGGCUAAGCUGACCAAGUCUCCCGAGCCGAAGGAGCAUGCCGCGGCGACGGAGCUGGUCAAGUCGCUGAAGGCUCCUGCCCCUGCCCCUGUUGGUGCGGACGACGACCAGGGCCAGGUUGGGCAGAACGCGGAGAAGCAGAUGGAGGAGAAGAGCGUGUUGUACGGGUUCCUCUGGCGGGAGGUUCUUGCGCUGGAAGCAGAGCAGCCUAGCAUGUUCAAGGAGCUCUUCCUCAAGCUCACCGAUGACAAGGCCCGUGUGCUGGACACCAAGAUCAAGAAGCAGAGGGUGGCCGAGGUCAAGCUGCAGUUGCAGUGGAGCGCCAUCGAGAAGGUGGUGAACAAAGUGCUGAUCGACAUUAUCAAUCGCAAUUGAUUGCAGAGGCUUGGAAAUGCAAGCUGCAAAGAUGUGCCAUGUUGUGGUGUGGAAGAUGUCAGAAAGAUUAAUUGCACGUGGUUCUUUUGUGGUAUUCUCAUUUUGGAAAUGCAAGCUGGACAUGCCUGAACAGCUGAUGUAAAGCUCUGAUGAUCCUAGGUCUCAGUCUCAUAAGGCUAGGUCUCUGAUGAGCCCUCAACCCUGUAUAUAUCGUGCUAGUUUAUAUUUUGCUCAACUGCCUGCAAAAAGGUUUAUCUAUUGCUCAUCUCAUGUGGAACUAAUGACAUAUUUAGUGAGUUCUCUCACCUGCUAAUUUGCUGUUUGAA